AUGUUACGAGAAUUCAGGGCCAGCGUUCUGCUGCUUUUUACUCUGACUUGCCUAGAUCGAUAUGCACAAGCUAUCACGCUGCCCUAUGUACCACCAUCCGCUGAGGUACUGGCGGGCGAGGGAGUCACCGACCAGCCUGUCUUCCUGCUAGCUUCAAGACCUUCAGGCAGCACAAUCGAUCGGACCGCCUGGACCGUUACUUGUGACAGUGCUCAAGCAGGAUUUCCAUGUCAGAAUGCCAUCGAUGGUGACCCGAACUCUUUCUGGCACACCCAGUAUGAUCCUACGAAUGCACCACUGCCACAUACCAUCACUAUUGACAUGAAGACUACUUACUAUGUUAAUGGGAUUACAUACCUACCUCGCCAGGAUGGUGAUUCGAACGGAAAUAUCGGACGCCACAACGUGCUUGUAAGCACAGAUGGAACUAAUUUUGGCUCGCCUCUUGCAUUUGGUACCUGGCUCGACGAUCCCACCCUCAAAGUCGCUGCCUUUGAAACGGUCCCUGCACGGUACAUACGUAUUCAGGCGGUCUCAGAAGCAGGCAACCGAGGCCCAUGGACGUCGGCCGCAGAUAUCAAUGUUUACGCUGCAGUGCUUGGAACUCCGCUCGAUCGAACGAACUGGGCUGCCACCUGUGACAGCUUUCAGCCCGGAAAUCCAUGUUCGAAUGCCAUCACCAAUACAGGGGGAAUUUGGCAUACUGAAUAUGACCCAACGAAUGCACCGUUACCUCACACUAUCACAAUAGACAUGAAGUCCAGUGUUCGCAUCAACACGUUGCGGUAUCUACCCCGUCAGGAUGGAGGUCUCAAUGGGAACAUUGGACAAUAUCAGGUUUUCACGAGUACUGAUGGAACAAACUUUGCGAGCGUUGCGACAGGAACCUGGGCGGAUGACUCAUCGGAAAAAACAGCAGCCUUCACUGCAGUCACAGUACGCUAUGUACGUCUUCGUGCCUUGACUGAGGCUGGUAACCGAGGUCCCUGGACUUCUGCCGCUGCAAUCAACAUAUACAUCCCUGGCACUUAUACACCUCCUCCGACUGGCUUGGGAAAAUGGGGUCCAACCAUUGAUUUCCCCAUUGUCCCGGUUGCAGCAGCUAUCAAUCCCACAAAUGGUAGAAUACUGACCUGGUCAUCAUAUGCCCCAGAUAACUUUGUUGGAGGACCUGGUGGCCUGACAGUGACGGCUACAUAUGACCCUAAUACUCUCAUUGUCAGCCAAAGGACCGUCACUCAGACUAACCACGACAUGUUCUGUCCUGGAAUAUCCUUGGACUUCAACGGUCGCCCCAUCAUUACCGGGGGGAACAAUGCUGAGAAAACGAGUAUCUACAAUCCACUUACAGAUGUUUGGUCUCCUGCUGCUGAUAUGAACAUCCCUCGUGGGUAUCAGUCUUCUGCAACAUGUUCAGAUGGUCGAAUCUUUACUAUUGGAGGAUCGUGGAGUGGAGGAGAAGGUGGGAAAAAUGGAGAGAUCUAUGACCCAACAGCAGGAACCUGGACUUUGCUCCCUGGCUGCCCAGUUGCCCCCAUGCUUACUGCCGAUACUCAAGGUGUGUAUCGGUCAGAUAACCAUGCAUGGUUGUUUCCCUGGAAAAAUCGUUAUGUGUUCCAGGCCGGCCCAAGUAAAGCCAUGAAUUGGUACAACACCGCGGGGACAGGAGGACAGAAUGGCGUCGGGAACCGUGGCACGGAUGCCGAUGCCAUGUGUGGCAAUGCGAUCAUGCAUGAUGCCGUUGCGGGAAAAAUCCUCACACUUGGUGGUUCUCCCAAUUACCAGGGCUCUGCGGCCUCGGCAAAUGCCAAUCUCAUCACGAUUGGGAAUUCAGGCGCAACACCAACAGUGCUAAAGCUCGUUCAGAUGUCUUAUCAGCGUAUCUUUCAUAACUCCAUUGUCCUGCCGAAUGGUCAAGUCUUUAUCACUGGUGGUCAGACCUUGGGUCAACCAUUCUCUGACCAAGGCGCCGAUCUUACCCCAGAGAUGUGGAGUCCAACUACCAACCAGUUCCGAAAAAUGCUUCCCAAUUCAACGCCUCGAACCUAUCACAGCGUUGCUCUCUUGCUGUUGGAUGGAACCGUCUUCAGUGGAGGUGGUGGUCUAUGUGGUGAUUGCUCGACGAAUCACUUCGAUGCACAAAUCUACACUCCUCAGUACCUGCUGAAUUCCGAUGGCACAAAUCGUGUCCGACCAGUAAUCAAUUCUGUCUCCACAACGAGCCUGAGAAUCGGCCAGUCACUGACCAUUGUAACCGGUUCAGCAGUCACGGACGCUUCGCUGGUCCGGUAUGGCUCAUCCACCCAUACUGUGAACACCGACCAGCGGCGCAUCCCACUGACAUUGAGACGUACUGCUACCAACACGUACUCGGUCACCAUCCCGAGUGAUCCUGGUGUUGCUCUGCCGGGCUACUGGAUGUUGUUUGUCAUGAACACUUCUGGAACGCCCAGUAUAGCGAGGACAAUAAAGGUUAACCCAUGA